AUGGAGAAGGAGAACGAAGGCGUCGGGACGGGCGGGAGAGGCGCGCGGGGGGACGCGACGGCGAGCGGGAAGACGCCGAGAGGCGCGAGAGGGACGCCGGGAGAGGGGCUCGGGCUCGGGCUCGGGAACGAACGGAUCGGGAACGUCGGAGGGGACGGGCGGGAUGGCGCGGCGCAGGCGGGGAAGGAGUGGAAGUUGGAAGAUUUUGACAUCGGUAAACCGCUCGGGAAGGGCAAGUUUGGUUCGGUGUACUUGGCGCGGGAGAAGAAGAGUAAGUACAUCGUCGCGCUGAAGGUGUUGCACAAGACGCAGCUGUGCGCGUCGCACGUCGAACACCAGUUGCGACGGGAGAUUGAGAUUCAGUCGCACCUGAGACACCCGAAUAUUUUGCGUCUGUACGGAUACUUUUACGACAACACGCGCGUGUUUUUGAUUUUGGAGUACGCGGCGAUGGGAGAGUUGUACAAGGAGUUGCAGCGUCAAAAACGGUUUAGCGAGCGGCGAAGUGCGACUUAUAUCGCCUCUUUGGCUCGGGCGCUGAUCUAUUGUCACAAGAAGCACGUCAUCCAUCGAGACAUCAAGCCGGAAAACUUGCUCGUCGGCAUCAAGGGCGAAUUGAAAAUCGCGGAUUUCGGUUGGUCGGUGCACGCGCCGAACAGUCGAAGACAGACGCUCUGCGGUACGCUGGAUUACUUGCCACCAGAAAUGGUGGAAGGUCGCGACCACGAUUACGCCGUCGAUGUGUGGUCGCUGGGCGUAUUGGCGUACGAGUUCUUGGUCGGAACGCCGCCGUUUGAAGCCGAAGGGCACAGCGAGACGUACAAGCGCAUCUUGCGAGUGGACUUACAAUUUCCGUCGUAUAUUAGCGAAAACGCCAAGGACCUCAUUCGAAGCUUGCUCGUCAAGGAGCCAGCGUCGCGCAUACCGCUCAGCCGAUUGCUAGAUCACCCAUGGAUCAAGGAGAACGCGUCUCCAAACGGCAUUCCUAUCCCCGAAGCAGGGCUCCCCUGAGCGCGGCGACGACAAAAUCUACGAGGUCGCCUCGACGCAUUCGAUCGUCAAUAGAAGAAGGACCGUUUCGUAAUUAUUACACAGCGCUUGUUUGUUUA